AUGUCCGGCAGCGGUGUCGAACAGGCAUCUGGUGUUCGGAAUCACGACCCGCCUCCGUUUGGGCGUCAAUCCUCAGCGCCCGCUGUCAGCCAAUCCGAUCGUGGCAGCUCCUCUUCCUUUGAGACACCCCCCAUCGCCUCGUCCCUCUCGAAUUCCACGUAUCCCUCCUUCCGAUCAGGCCCCGACUCCGCCAAUUAUCUCGUCGCCGUGCAGGUACAACAGGAUCUUCGUGGCCUUGACUCUUCCAACCCGGACGAUUUCUACCGAAGUGAAGGUGUGCCCGCGGCAACCGAUGGCAAGGUCGGAAUCGACAAUGUGACAAGUGCAAGGAUGGACACAACUGGCUAUAGCGACCUAACGGACAGGGUGUCCCCGCUGCCAACAGAUAAUGUAGACUAUUCGCGUGCUAGACGGCCAGCGUAUCGGUCGACGUCUGAUUCGUCUGCUUUGAGAGGUCCGUCAGCAUCGGUAUCUUCCUCCUCCUCAAGAGCCCGACACCCUUCUUUCAAAGACCUGGUGAACAAAUUCAACAAAACCUCCGACGAAGUUCUUCCCUUACCUACCGUCUCUCGAUCCACCUCCCGGGCCGCAAGUCCUUCUGGAAGCUUUGAGAGCGACCACCCCUCACGAACCUUGCCGCGACGGCGUCACCUGCGCGGCGAAUCUCCACCGCCAGUCUCCUCCACGAGCAACCCUAGGCUCCAGGCUGAUCCAACACCUUCGUCACCGGAGCUCGAGCGCCCUGGACCAGAUCCGUUAAGUACGGACGCCGUGAUCCCUCCUCCGCUCUUUCAGCGCAUUCCGCAGUCGCAUCCUCGACGACCACUGUUUGGGGAGCUGUUAUCGGUGAAUACUCAGCUGAACAACCUGGGAUUUGGUAUCCCUUCACAUAUUAAACGUCGAGGCUCUGAAGGGAGCCUCCCCAGUCCGAAUCCAGCUUUCCCCGACCAGUCUCAGCCUUCAUCGGCUCGGUCACCAUUAACGCCAACCGCAUGGUAUCUGGGACAAACAAGCUCUCUUGAAGCAGUACAGACUGGGUCGAACGGUGCAAGCAGCUAUCAUCGCAGAGCUCGAAGUGACUUGGCGAGUAAUCCCUCAAGGGAGCCCCUUGCCGAUCCGUGGACUCCCGACAUGGCGGUUUCGGUGUCCUUGCAGCAGACAAAGCCGGGUGAUGGGUCGCCCGGCAGCCCAAAUUCCAGAUCCCGCAUUCCCGUCUCAUCGCACCGUCUGCCAACUGCUUCCGGCCCCGAGUGCCACUCACCGACCUCGAAUUCCAACUUUAGCAGUCGGUCCUCCGCCAUUCCUCUGGCUCCGAAGGGCAGCAGCCGCCUUCCCAAACCGUCUGGAAAGGACAGUCCGCCCCGCAUGGCGGACACCGGACCCGCUUCGUUUGCGAUGACGGCGCGUGGUAGGCGUGACAUGACGAUCGGCCGAAGCCGUACCCAAGUCCCCGAACGAAGUCAGCUUCUCCAAGCAUACAUUGCUGCGCCGCCUCCAAAGAAAUCACCCCCAUUACGCAGCUCACGACCUCGCCAGCCGAUCUCACAAAGUGGGCCAAUGUCCCCGCGUUCUCGGAUUAACGAUAGGAUAUCAACAUUACAACAAAAAUCCGAACGUGAUAUUGAGCGACCACGCAGCCCUCGGACACGACUCCGACGAUCCGAAUUGGGUAAUGUCGAUUUUGAAACUCGCCGACAGCGAAUCCAACAAGCUUUCAAUCGCACAGUCCAGGAGAAUGAGCGAAAGGAGGAAGCCGCUGCUGAACUUCGACGCCGUGCUCGAGAACAAGAGAAAGCCACUAACGGAGACGCUGGCACUCCAACGGAUGAGCAGGAGACAACUCCCAGUGCUGCAACCGCUAAUGAGAACGCUCUACCCUCUUCAGAGAUGACCACGGUGGUAGUUCAUUCGGCCAGCGCGCCCGUCGACGGGGAUAGCCAACGACGCACUGUUCCUCAACUCCACCUAAACACGGCGGUAAAUGUGACAGACAAUAAUGCGCCGCACACGAUGAUGGACUCCCCGACGCUGGGAAAUCCUGAGGGCAUUCAUCACCAACCACGUAAUAUGGCGCAUGAUCAGAAUCACGCCAACGACGUCGAGCCCAAAUCGGCCAUCACGACAGGCUCGAACGAUACUCACGUCACCCAGUUCGACCCCGAGCCUCAGUCUAGCUUGCUUGAGCGGAAACCCAGCUUGUCUCAUCGAACCCUGUUAAAUCACAUAAUGCAGAUUCGCGAAUCAAGCUCGAGCAGCGAUUCCUGUGACGAGCCAGACUGCAGUCUAUCGGAGAAUGAUGACAAGGCAUCGAUCAAAAUCAUGCUUCGUGAAUCGCCGUACUUGCGCUCUGGCAGUAGUACAGACACUGAGGGGCCCCAAUCUGCGCCCUUGGAGCAGGUCCAAAAUGCCGAUCACCCGCAGAACCGAUGGAGUCUGAGUUCGUGGGAUUCAUCCGUCCACAACAAUCAGACCUCGACUUGUGAUGAACAAUGCGAGGAAAGUGGGGAUGAUGCAGGUUUGCAGGAUGACCAGCCGACGGAACCAGCAACUCAAUCUUGCUCGGCGGCUUCGACAGGCUCACCUUCGAUCGACGAGAACGAUACUACAUCUCCUAUCCAAGCAGACAUCGGCUUGAUGGGACCAGACACCGUUGAGACCUCGCAGCGGCCACAAUCCGGUCAUGCAUUCUCUACUCCUCCCAGUUUGGCAAAACAAGGCCGCUGGGACUCUCGCCGUGUUACUCAGCUCUAUCUGGAGGAAUUGACCCGAGGCAGAGCAGGAAACAAUAAUAAUAACAGUUCUGGAAGUGCCGUGAACAACUUACAUCUUCCAGCUGGCCGCAUGGCCCCCGUUGCUCCAUCUCGAGCUCAUGGUCACUCCAAUAGCCUGACAGAUAAUCCGGUCUUCGUUCCCAGAUACCAGGAAAUCCCCGUCGCGGAGAUUGUGCCAGGAUUCCAAGAAGUACCAAGACCGGGCCACCAAAGAUUGGACCAUCUCUCCGGAGAGCCUUCAGCAACUUUGGCUGGACCAAGUGACUGGGAACAUGCUUCUCCAUCUAUUAUGGACUGGAUGCAGAUCGCUGCUGAAGACGAGGCUACCACGCCCGGAGGUGAAAAGGGUGGCGCUGCGGCUGAUGGCUUGCCCACUCCACGCCUCCAAACAGCCGCAGUUGAACUCGAGGCCUCGCAGAGUCAUGAUUCCGGCCUCGGGCUGUCAACCAACAUCCAGCCGCCAGCUCGUGGACCUGUAGAGCUGCCUGCUGGCACUUUCCGCUCCGGCAAUGAAUUGGACACCAACCAGAAGGCCCUUCCUGAGAUCCCACAACUGCGCGCUGCACACAGCACUGAAAGCAGUGAAGAUUCUACUUUCCACCGAGUAGAUCCCACACAGUCACCUCAGGCAGCGGACUCAUCUACAACCUCUUUGGCUCCAUCCGCAGAACAAUUCAUUGGGGCUGAGCCGCCCGAGUCUCCUUCGUCCGAGCAGACCCGUCUGAUAAAACGGUACAAUAUCAUUCGGGAGCUCGUGUUGACCGAAAACAUAUUUGGCAAAGAUAUGAAGGUGGUUGAAGAUAUCUACAAAGGCACCUCCUCAUCUUGUUUGGAUCUCUCUGCAGAGGAUGUCAAGAUUCUGUUUUCCAACUCCGAUCAGCUUGCGCAGUUCUCUUUCAACUUCCAAGACACGCUAAAGAGAGCUGCUCGCAGUAUCUAUAUCAUGUCAAAGUCUCAGCGGCGGAACAACAAGCGUAGUGCGCGUCACAGUCGUUCUGUCGAAGCCGCUGAUGAGCAGAAUAGUGCUGAUGAGGGCAAUACCGACCCCGAAAAAGAUCGUGCCACUGCUAUUGGCGAGGCUUUUCUGAUCCACUUGGCCGAGAUGGAGAAGGUGUAUACCGAGUACUUGAAGAAUCAAGGAGCUGCCAACAACAAGCUUCAAAUCCUCCACCGCAAUCAGAAGGUGUCUAUCUGGCUGAAUGAGUGUCGUGAAUGGGCAUCGGAUCUUACCGACGCGUGGGAUCUCGACUCCCUCAUUGUCAAGCCUGUACAACGACUUACGAGGUAUCCGCUCUUCCUGUUCCAGCUUCUUGAAACGACUCCCACCGACCACCCGGAUCGUAUUCAUCUUCAGACUGCUUUCCAAGAAGUCACCGAUAUGACUGCUCGAAUUAAUGAGAUGAAGAAGCGUGCGGAAUUGGUGGGCCAAGCCGUUGGUCGGAAGCGCAAUCAGUCCGAUGUACGAGCAGGGUUGUCCAAGGCUUUCGGUCGUCGAACCGAGAAACUGCGCCAACAGGUUGGUCUUUCGGAAAUGUUUCAAGACAAAGAGUAUGAUCAUCUGUCCCAAAAGUUCGGCGAGCACUUUGCGGAACUACAUGUGAUCAAGAACGAUGUGGUGAUAUAUAAGGAGAACACCCAACAAGCAAUGAGACAGCUCGGUGGAUAUAUUGCGGCCAUUGAAAAUGUUAUCGACGUGGACCAGUCCAGUUAUGCUGAGUUGGAGAGUAAAUGGCGCCGUUUCAAUUCGUCGUUCCAGGAGAUUGUUUCCGUCGCGCUGCCCGAACAUCUCGAAUUGAUCACCAAGCGCGUGCAAGAUCCGUUUGAUUCGAUCAUUCGACUCUACCAAGGACCUGAGCGAGUCAUGAGGAAGCGCAACAAGCGUCUUCUGGAUUAUGCUCGUUUCAAGGCCGCCAAGGACCGCGGCGACAAGCCUGACAAGAAGACCGCUGAACAAGGCGAGCAGUUCAUUGCAUUGAACGACACCCUCAAAGAUGAACUGCCCAAACUCUUUGCUUUGACGGGUAAACUCACAGAAGCUGUGAUGACAAACCUGCUUCAACUGCAGACCUUGUGGUGGAGCAUGUUCCAGACGAGAAUGGAAGCUUAUGUCGACACCUUCCCUGAUGACUUUGGCAAGAUGAUCAACGACUGGAGCAGCGACUACAGCUUCGCCGAAGCCCAGGUGCUCUCACUUGGUGUCUGCAAUGGGUCCUUGCUUGCUGAUACGGUCAACUUGGUCAACUUCAAUACUCAUUCCAAUCUCAAUUCCCCCGCCGUCCCUCCACCGUGA